AUGGCGGCCCCUCAGGUUCACCACCUCUUCCACGCUCCCAUCGCGGACCACUCGUUUUCUUCCGACCGUCAGACGCUGGCCAUCGCCCGCGACUCGACCAUUGAGCUGUAUGGACAAGCCGGCAGCGCCUUCAAGCUCAAGGACGAGCUCAAGGGACACGACAAGACUGUCACGAGUGUCGAUAUUGCUCCCAACAGCGGCCGCAUUGUGUCCUGCUCUCAAGACCGAAACGCCCUUGUUUGGGAGCCCUCGCCGACCGGAUACAAGCCUACUCUCGUUCUCCUUCGAAUCAGCCGCGCCGCGACCUUUGUGCGAUGGUCUCCCUCGGAAACUAAGUUCGCUGUUGGCUCGGGCGACCGUGUUAUUGCUGUCUGCUAUUUCGAGGAGGAGAACGACUGGUGGGUGUCGAAGCACUUGAAGAAGCCUAUCCGAAGCACCAUUACAUCCGUUGCAUGGCACCCAAACUCCGUUCUUCUUGCUGCCGGAUCGACCGAUGCCCACGCCCGUGUUCUCUCCAGCUUUAUCAAGGGUGUCGACGCCCGCCCCGAACCGACUGCUUGGGGUGAACGCUUGCCGUUCAAUACCGUCUGCGGAGAGUACCUGAACAACUCUGCCGGCUGGGUGCACUCCGUUUCCUUCUCGCCUAGUGGAAACGCUCUGGCCUUUGCUGCUCACGACAGCAGCAUCACUGUCGUAUACCCCAGUGCCCCAGAACAGCCUCCCCGGGCCGUUGUCACGAUCACCACCCAGCUUCUUCCCUUCAUGAGUCUUCUCUGGAACUCAGAGGAUGAGAUCAUUGCUGCAGGCUAUGACUGUGAGGCUUUCCGGUUCAAGGGUGGCGAGGACGGCUGGAGCCUCGCAGGCACCCUCGAGUCCAAGGGCCGCCCCGGCCUCAGCGACGCCCGCGAGGAGUCUGCCCUGAACAUGUUCAGGCAGAUGGAUCUCAAGGGCAAGGUCAAGGAUGACACCCAGCUCAAGACGGUCCACCAGAACACUAUCACCACCCUUCGUCCCUACGAGUCGUCAGGCGACAGCCUCAUUAAGUUCUCCUCAAGCGGCGUCGACGGAAGGAUCGUCAUUUGGAGCACCUAG